AUGAAACUGUUGCUCCUCACUGUUGUCGCAGUGGUCGCGACUGCUGCCUACCCCAUGCACUCGUACCACAUAUUCAUGGACUGCUACGACCCUAUCUGUAGUAUGAACGGAAUCUACGGCUUCCACUGCAAAAAUGGCAUUUGCUCCUACAUAUGUUCUGAGGCCGGCUGUAGACAAGAUGGCUUGGUGAAUAGACCAUCAAUGGAUAAAUCCAACAUCAUUUUCAGUGGAUGCAAAGACUUGAAUUGUGCCGUGAACGGCUUCUAUGGGUAUGGCUGUGCAGGUGGCGCGUGUCACUACAUUUGCUCUGACAGCGGCUGUGUCGAUGUGAGAAGGGGAAAGCUUACCCCAAAGUGCUCUUCAAAGCCAGAUCAGAAGAAGGCGGAGAAGAAUUCAAAGGUGGAGAAAGAAAAUCCAAAAGAAGUAGACACCACGAAUAAACAAAGUGUUGAUAAUAAGGAAAUGGAUCUGAAAGAGCAAGCUAGUACUGAAACAAAAAGUGAUGCCGUUGCGCUGGUGACAACUGCCGCACCAGACCUGAGGGAAGAAGAGAAAGAGGAGAAAAAGACAGAAAGCACCUUACCCACGGAAAUACUCACGGAAGCGCCAGCAGAAUCAAAAGAGGCAUCCGGUAAACCAAAUGUGCCCGACGAUACAAUCAGCGCGACUGCCACUGCUGAGAAUAAAGUAGAAGAAAGCGAAGUGGAUAAAGUGAACAGUGCAACCAAGACAAAGGGGGCUGAACAGAGUGAGGAGGAUGACAAAAGCCAACCAGCAAAGAAGUCACUACGAAAAAAGAGGCUGUCGAGAAGGGUGAAGCGCAAGGUUUACUUUCUGCGUCCAGAGACUACCAUGAAGAUGGAAGAAAACAUCAUUUUCAGGCAGAAUAUGUCGUCGAUGAACAGAACGGUUGGGGCCGCAGGUACGGCUCGGAGUCCAGGCCACUCAGCGGAGGAGCGGUGGUGGAGACCUCAACGCUCCCUUUCUAAAAAUGGGAGCGCCUUCGAUUUUUACAAGUUCGACGUGGAAACAUGCAACACGCAGUGUCAGUGGAUGGCUUUCACCCGCUUGGUGACCAUCGGUGCUGACCUCUGCAUGAGCGCUUGUCAGGAGUACGCAUCUGUGCCCACUUCCAAUGUGGAGUUGAAGAUGGGAAUUUCACCGGAGAGCAGGUGGGAAUCGACGGGAAGCUUACCUUCACCCUUCGUCAAUUUCGCCUCAAAUACGCCUCUCACUCAAGACAUUCAGUUGGAUGCAAAAUAUGGAGAUGAGAAGGCAACAAACGAUUUUGACUGCAUCGAAACACCGAACUUGCAUUCUGGACAGCAAAAGGUCAACAAACAGCACUUCACCUUCGCAACCUCCAUAGAACCCAAGUACUGCGGGACAGCGCCCCACGUGAACGACAAUUUCAGGUGGUGUGUGGAUGUACCUGGCAACAUGGACUCGAUGGAUGAGCGCUGCUUUGAUAAUCUUACCCACUCCAUUGAGGCGGCAAGCAUGAGAACUGGUAUCGUCACCCAGUCUGUGGCGGCCGCGAACAAACUCAAGGUGAAGAACACAAAUGCGUUGAAAAUGGCCGUCUCCACCUUGAGUGCGGUUGAAACAACUUCAAGUGACAUGCCCUAUUCAGCACAGCUCAAACUCUCUACCGUAAUUCAGAAUGCGAUCCAAAAUUUUCACAGUGCUUUACAGACCUCCUCGAAGGAGGAAUCAGUUGCCAUCGGAGCUAUGGUUCUCUCCACAUUCUUAGAUAUGCUUGCUGGUGCCCAAGCACAGCUCAACUCGCCACGUCACAAAAAUGCCCUGACCGAACUUUCGGAAAGGGGUUACGAUAUAGAUAUCAAAAAUUCUGACCCUGAUGGCGAUACGGCAACGGAGCAGUACCGUUCAUUGGCAGCUACCAAUGCUCAAAGGAACCAAGAGUCUAUGAGUGCGAACCUCUACCGCCAGCUAGUGACUUUGCAAGAAGAGGUAACAAAGAGCCUAAGUUCACUUCUCGCGAGCGAUGAGGGUAUCGUCUCCUCGACACACCUUGGGAAGAUCUCCCUGCGCAAAGUACCAAAGUCAAAGGCGGAUUCGUGGUUGUCCAGAUUUUACAAUGACGCCUCGUCCUCCUCCAUAACCUUUACAGAACUGGGUGGCUUGUUUAACGAUACGGACGAUAUUCUUAUUCAGGCAAUGGUUGCAAACGGGAGUCUUUUUGGGUUUGCCGAUGUUGCGCAUAAUUCAGUUGCAGCCCAUUCGGAGGUUGUAGGGCUGACAUUCUACAAGAAUGGUGAAGAGCUCUCCGUCAAGGAAAUGCCUGGUUCCGUCACCGUGAGAAUCGCUAUGGUGAGCGAGUUUCUUCUCAAGUCAGAUGGACCAAUCUCUCUAUUGGGUCGAACCCCUGAUGGACGUCCAUUGAAACUGCCCGAUCCCAUUGUUGCAGUUGAUGAAACGAUUAUCCGACAACAACUGGUGAUGGUCGGCUUCGAAAUUGGCAAAGAGGACGUGAGUUUUAGCUUCCAAAUCGAGCCUUAUGAUCUCGUCAGUAAACCGCAAUACCUCGUUGUUGCGAGAUUUGUCGUUCCUCCUGAUCUGACAAAGGUCGAGGCCAACUGGGGUCUUAUUUGGGCCCUUGUCCCGCCAUCACCUACUACAUACGAUCAACAGCCAAUUACUGCCGAGGAAAGGGAGGCCAGUUUCACCUUCUUUAUUAACAACGUUGACUUUGCCACGUAUAAAAAGGAGGCUCUGGAUAUGACUGAAGGGCAAACGAUAGGCGACUCCAUGCUUAAGACCUUGUGGGUUGGUUUCAGGCAACUCAGUACAGAGGAAAUGAAUCUUGACUGGAAGGCACUUCCAAUGCCUUACCCAUUCUUUGAUCAAAUCAACACAACAAUCAAAUAUCGAGGCUUUACAACCACCUGCGACUUUCUGGAGAAGAAUUUGAUGGAGUGGAGCACCAAAGGCUGUGUGGUCGACCGCAGGUCAACAUCACGCACCACAGUUUGUGUCUGUGAUCAUCUGACUACCUUUGGUGCCGGGUGGUUGGUUCCACCCAACAGGAUUGACCUCAACUACGUCUUCAAAAACAUCCAGUUUGAGAAGAAUGCCACUCUCUACGCAACGGAAAUUAUAAUUGCUAUCAUCUUCCUCCUUCUGCUUAUAUGGGCUCGGCGGAUGGAUAAUAAGGACCUGCAGAAAUUGGGGGUAACUCCACUGGCGGAGAACAAUCCGGCGGAUGAAUAUCUUUACGAGGUGAUUGUGUGCACAGGGAUGAGGAGAGGUGCUGGCACCACCUCUACCGUUUGCAUACAGGUGAACGGAGAAAGAGGUGGCACCGCGCCCUUCACGCUCCGCGACCCCCAUCGAAAGGUGCUCCAACGAGGCAAUGUCAACCGCUUCCUUCUUGCUGCCGCUAGCAAAUCGCCUUUCCACGGAGAGAAGAGCGGCGGGAUGAUGAACCUCGACUUACACAAGCACACGGAAAUUUUUAAGCCACCGAAAUGCGUGAUGAGAGCUGCAACCUCGACACUGCAUAAGGCGGUCAACGUCUUGACCGCCACUCAGAACAGGUUGCAGAGACUUCAACAACGUCGUGAACGCAGCAGUGAAAGCACACCAAUCACUUCCACUGUGGAGGAAGUCACUAGCGAGACAUCGCGGACCAUCUCAAACACUGAAACACUCACCAGCACUUCUACUUACGACACUGCUUUCUGUCCAAGACCCGCGUCAACGAGGGUGAUGGAGUUGCCGAAGCCCUCCUGUCGACUGAGUGAUGUUCAAGUUGAAUGGGAGGGUGGUGACAUUGGCUGGCGCCUUGUUGCCUUGGACUCGGAAAUUUGCGAGGAUGAAAACCACCUUUUUAGCUCCAAUGACAUACUCAUCCUUCGCAAGAUGAAUUCUCAACUCAAAAAAGAGCAAGAACUGCUGAAAAUAAAGAUUGAAAUACUACUUAAUUCCAUCUCGGAACAUACAGCUUUAGUAAGUAUGAAUGAGGCGACUCUGGAAAGACUGAGAGUUAAGGCAAAAUCAGUUCAGCAGGGGCAGGAGACGACUACUGUUGGGGAUAUGACCUCUUUUAGCCAACAAGAUUAUCUUUCACCGAAGCUACCGGCGAUACUUCCAGGAACGGGGGGAAGAAUGGAGGAAAGGAGACGAUCUCAAUCUGAACCUCGAGUCAGCUACAGUGUGCGUAAUAGGUUUCAGACAUCAUCAACUACAAACUCUGUGACAGAAACCGAGACAUCGACAGAGAGUGAAAGUGAGAGUGUUAUCACGACAACGAGAACGGUUGCCACCACUGAGACAGCCACAACCAGCACCGCAAGAACGACGAAAACUGUUCAACCUUUAGGAGAAUUGAAAUUUCUGCGACUUUGGCAUGACAACGCUGGGAAGGGGGACGGCGCGUCGUGGUACUGCGACUUCGUCGCUAUUGUCGAUUUGCAGACCAAAGUGAAGUACAACUUUAUUGUUGAAAAGUGGUUAGCCGUCGAGGAGGGCGAUGGUCUAGUCGACAGAGUGAUUCCUGUGGCAGGUGCGCUGGACCGUCUGCGUCUCUACUACGUGUUCUCGCACAAGGUGAAGAGUGACGCGAGCGACAAGCACCUCUGGGCCUCCGUGUUCACGCGGCCCGCUCACUCCCGCUUCACCCGGGUGGAGCGGGUGGCCUGCUGUCUCCUUGCCCUUUUUCUCACCAUGGUCUCCUCCUGUAUGUUCUACAAGAACGAGGGUCCCGCCGUGGUUGACUUUGAGUUUGCCAUUGGUCCCUUUGCCCUCACCCCCUAUGUGGCUUACACGGGAGCCGUGACUUGCCUCAUUACAUUCGUUCCGGUCACGUUGGUUAUAAUGCUGUUUCGUAACUCAAAGCUACGCGCCAGUCAUUCGGCGCUACUUCGAGGUGUGGUGGAGGACCACUUGGAUGAGGAGUUGGACUACGACACAUGUGAAAUCGUGGAAGGUCAUGCUCAACCCUAUCUCGACAGAGUGCUGCCUCAUUAUUCUUCUCUUGAAGGUACGAAAGACAAUCAACCCCCACCAUAUUCGGAAAGCCCUGAACCCAUUGAAAAGAAGUCGAAGGAGAAGAAGUUAAACAUCAGGAAAUCGGAGAAGUUCUCUCUACCCUGGCAAACGCGCAUUUUAGCAUGGUUCCUCCUCAUCGGUGCAAUUGCGGCUUCUGUAGGCUUCACCACCUUUUACGGAAUCAGCUUCGGUGACGCUGCCUGCAAACAGUGGCUCUCCUCAUUGUUUGUCUCAUUUUUCAUGGACCUCUGUCUAACACAACCAGUCAAGGUAAUCUUUUUUGCAAUCUUCUUUGCCGUAAUCUGUAAAUCAAAGGCGGACACGUCAGAUUUUGACUUUGUUGAGGAAGACGAUGCUCUGAUGAAUACUCUUGGUCGCCGAUAUAGGUUAAACUUUGGCGAAGAAUACCUGCAUGAGGAAAUUUUGCGAGGGAAAAUCGAGAGCUACGUAAUACGUCCGCCCGAUCAGGAGGCGUUGGAGAGGGCACGGGCAUACAGACAGAAACAGCGACAGAUGUAUGAUAUCCUGCGUGAGUUGCUCUUCUUCUUCAUCUUCUUCACCCUCCUCGUCAUCGUCUCCAACGGCUUCCGCGACCCUAUGGCUAUGCGUCUGCGGGAGAGUCUCGCCUCCCUCUUCUUCAGUGGCGACGACUUUGAAGAGAUCAACUCAGUCGACAGGAUAUGGGAAUGGUUUGAGUCGACUUUGCUGCCGAACUUGCGAGCCUCAAGAUGGUACAACGGCGCUCCGCCUUUGGGACAGCGGGGCUUUAUUGGCGACCGCAAGAACCGAAUCAUGGGCUACGCAACUAUACGACAAGUUCGUAUUAAGGAAGGCAAGUUCCCCCUCUUCUUUUGA